UGAUUUAGAAUGCAGAAAGCAUGAAAGCAAGGGUCAAUAGCUGAUAUUUGUUAUUUUGUAAGAUUGUAUUUUCCCCUCACAACAUGACAAAUAUGAUUCCUGGGCCAAGUAUGGGAGGUGUGUAUCCUGGCAUUGAGGACGAGUGGAAAACACAGGCAUUUAGAAACAAAGUCGUCGCUCAGAUUGAGGAUGAGGUUCAUAAAGCCGGCAAUCCAACAGCCAAGUCCAGCAUUGAGAUGGAGAAUCAUGUGUUCCAGAAAGCUAAGAACAGGGAUGAGUAUCUAGCGCUGGUUGCUCGAUUGAUGAUCCACAUGCGUGAUACAAAUGCCAGAAAGGAAGGAGGAUCCGGAAAAAUGCAACAACAAAUAGGAGGUGGCGUACAGGAUCCAAUGGCAGCUCUACAGGGUUUGACCUCCAUAUCAAUGACUGGGUCAAGGUCAGGUCAGCAGGGCACGCCGCCCCCAGGUCCACAGCAGAUGGGACAGAUGAUGGGUGGCAGGCAACAGCACAACAUUUCUGGUCAGUUGACAAUGCAGCAACGGCAGAAACAGAUUCAGUUGCAGCUUCAGAAGCAGUUAUCAGGAGCGACGUCAUCUCCUCAGUCACCGGCCAGCUUCAUGCCUGGCACACCCCAGCAGGGUAUGAACCCUGGUCCAGCUGGUGGGUCGAUGAUGACACAACAGAUGGGUGCAAUGCAGCAAACCCAACAGGGACAAAUGAUCCGUGGACAACUACCAUUCAAAAUUCAGCCACAGCAUAUACAACAACAGAUACAACAGCAACAGGGUCCUGGUGCUGGGCAGCAUGCAAGAGGACAGCAAGGGUUCAAGCAGCAGCAGACCAUUGCUAUGGGUAUGGCCGGAGCACCCCAACCAUUCCAGCAGCAGCAGCAGCAGUUGCAGCAGCAGCAACUCCAGCAACAGCAGCUGCAGCAGCAACAGCAGAUGCAGCAACGGCAACAGGCAUCACAGCAGCAGCGGCCACCAGUUUCCCCUUAUGGUGGCUACCCCUACAUGAUGUCUCCACAGGCGCCACCAAUGUCCCCAUAUGGCGCUGGCCAACCCUUUGUGAUGUCCCCUCAGGGGCCACCAACCUCCCCUUAUGGUGGCCAACAUUUCCUGAUGUCUCCCCAGUCCAUGACACAGCAGCCAUCACCAGCUUCCCAACAACCAAAUCAGGGUAGCCAGCAGAUGGCCUCACCAGCAAGCUACCUUCAGCCUUCUCCUUCACCUCAACAGAACUCUCUCCCAUCACCUGCUGGUUCCCAACGAGGGGGACCACCCAGUGUCCCAUCACCGGGAGGGCCACUUAGCACCCCAGGUAACCCAGGGUCAGUAGGUCCAGGUUCUGUGGGAUCCAUCGGCCCGGUACCCAGCCCUGGCAAGGUGCAGACAUCGGGUCCGGUGUACGAUCAGCAGGCAGCGUAUUAUGAGAAGUGGAAACAGCUGUCAAAGUUCAUUGAACCUUUGAAGAGGAUGAUUAACAAAGCGAGCAAGGAGGACGAAUAUCGUCGUGAGAUGAGUCUUAGUAAGAUGACCAACCUUCUAGACAUUCUAUCAGAUCCUAACAAGAAAACCCACCUCAACAUGCUACUCAGAUGUGAAGAGGUCCUCGAACGAAUGGACUUCGGAAAAGUUGGUAGCCAGUCAGCUUCAGGUACCUCUACUAGCUCAAGCAGCUCAAAGCCAAAGAAUGUCUGUGCCCCGCUGUACGAGGUCAUCAUGACGAACAUCAAAUCUCCUAUUCUGAACCACUCACUGCAAAGGACUUUUGGACCAGCCAUGACCGCUAUCCACGGACCCUCUACUAAUUACCCGUCCUCAACUCCUCCAGCCAAGCAACAGAAGACAGACACCGAGGCUCAGACAUACACAGUCCCAAACAUCGUCCAGGGUGAAGUGGCUAGACUGUCCUCUAAGUUCAGAGUCAGUCUAGAUGAGGCUCAUCACGCAGGAGGCAACGAUGUACACCUCAUCUGCAGAUUAGAGGACAAGCGAUUACCCAGCGUACCUCCAAUUGCUGUCACCGUUCCUCAGAGCUAUCCCUCCAUCAGCCCUCACUGUGAAACAAGUACCCAAGAAUACAACCAGACGCCUUUCCUUCUGUCUGUUCAACGAACCCUCCUGUCGCAACUCAAGCGAAUGCCGGAUCGAUUCUCACUGACUCAGAUGCUGGAUGUAUGGGAGAUGUGUAUCCACAAGUGUUGUCUUAAUACUAUCUCUGCAUAAUACUAUAAUAUAAUAAGGCAGUGGACUGGGAAGACUGGUCUUUGACAUUUACCAAUAGUGUCCAUUGUCUUUAAUAGACCGUUCCCAUGAAAUAUGUUAGUUGCACAUAGAGCGUGCGAAGUUACAUUUUGAUUGACAAAAUGAGGGAACAUCGUGCCGUUUUGUACACGGCUAAUGGCUGCCAUGUUUUUCAUGUUUUCUCAACAAGUAGACACUGUAUUCAACUGAAGGUUUCAAAGAUGACUUUUUAUGUAUAUUUCUUGACCUUUUGGCCCAUAAAUCUGCAUUAUAUUGAUAGAAACCAAACGAUGAUCAUUUAUCACUCGAAGGCAACCUUUACUGUAUCAUCAUCUUACCUACUUGUCAGGACUUUUGAUGAUUUAUAAAGUACAGGAAAAGGGGGAAACUACUCCAAAAUUCUCACAGCAAUCUAUUGUUUCACAAACGGUUUUUCAUGACAAAAAUAACAAAACAGAGAUAAUACAACAAGUCAGUCUGUAAGUACAAGGCGAUGCAAUGUUAUUACGUUUUCAGUAUUACAAACACAUUCUGAAAUCCAAGUACAAGCUGUAAAUAAAGUGUAUGGAUAUUUCCAUCUGAAUAACUUA